AAUGCCACCAAAAAAUGCCAAGCCCAACUUAAGCCAUUCCCAGGUAUCUGAGAUUGUGAAGAGGCUCUACCGGCUGACUGCAUCAGUGAUUCAGUCUCUGCCCAGUUAUGAUGACCAGAACUUCUAUGUGGCGCCCAGUGAGGGUGGCGAGUAUAUCCUAAAGAUAAUGAACUCAGAGGACAGCAAGAAUACCUUGCUGAUUGAGGUGCAGACAUACACCAUGUCCUUCCUACAACAGAAUGGAAUUCCUGCUCAAACCGCGCUGCCCAACACCUCAGGAGAGCGAAUGAGUCUGGAGGAAAUUGAUUGUGGUUUUGGCAGUCAGAAGUACCUGGUGAGACUGUUGACCUAUUUGCCUGGGACAACCAUCUCCAAGGUUCCUUUAACUCCACAGCUGCUGUAUGAAAUGGGGAAAACUGCAGCUAAAGUGGACACAGUCAUUAAAAAGAUGAAACAUCCUCAUCUUCACGUGCUGGAGAGAGAGGGGUUCAAAUGGAGUCUGUCAAAUGUUGCUCUCCUGGAAGAUUACCUCUAUGUGUUAGACGGAGAGCCUCUGCUGGAGGUUGUGAAGUCUGUAAUCCAAGGGUACAAGAGCUCUGUGGAUCCCAAACGCUCUAGUUUUCGCAAAUGCGUUAACCAUGGCGACUUCAAUGACCUCAAUGUCCUGGUACAGCCUAAUGAUAAAGAAGGCUAUAGGAUCACCGGUAUUCUGGACUUUGGCGACAUGAAUAGUGGCUACUACAUCCAUGAGCUUGCAAUCACCGUCAUGUACAUGAUGAUUGAGCACCCUAAACCCAUCGAGGUGGGUGGACCCGUCCUUGCUGGCUGGGAAAGCGUCCUUCCUCUCAAUGAGGUGGAGAAAGAUUGUCUAUAUUUGCUGGUGCUGUCCCGCUUUUGCCAGUCCUUAGUUUUAGGUCGUUACUCUCUGACCUUGCAGCCAGAAAAUGAAGAGUAUUUGAUGAUUUCAUCCAGAAAGGGUGUUAACAUUCUCCAGCAGCUCUGGGAUUUAGGAAAGGAGCAGGUGGAGAAGCUGUGGUUUGAGACUGCUGCUCAGCUCAGUGACAAAAGUGAAAGACAGGAACAAACUCGUUCAUGAAGGCAGUGACUCCACCGAGCGACAAUUUGUCCAAAAAAACGAAGAUUGUGUUUCCACAGUUAAAACAGUUUAUAUCUUUUAAACUUGUUUUAUUUCAGACAGAACAACAAGGAAUGUCAAAGUGUUUCAAUAAAGCUAGAGGAGUAUAUAAUGUGUCUGAGAAGAAAUUUAGAUACUGUUGUGGAAUAAGGGAAAUAUUUUACUGCUACUCAUACUCAUCAUUAUUACCAUUGCAUUAAUCAAAUCAAUCAUCAUUUCAGUAAAACAUUUAUUGAAGCUGUUGCCAUUACAUUAACCUUUUUACUACAGGUACAGCUAAGACCAUUUUAUACACAUUGCAUCUUGUGCUUAUUAAGAAGUGUAUUCUGCUCAGUCAAUCGAAGGUCUCAAGCUUUGUUUGGUGCAAUGUCCAGACAAUCUAUUGUAAAAGUGACUUGGAGCAACAGAAGGUUAAAACUGCGUACACGCUCACAAAACACAUAUAAUACAUAUAAUCUAGAAACAGGCUUGAGUGAAGGCCUGAAUGUAUCCGGCUUCUUGUUGCACCUGAGUUUGCUUAGUAACAGGUGACAAAAGAUGGGCCAAAAAGGAGGACAUCAACAUACAUCAACAUCAGACCCUGAAUCCAUCGCCAUAUUUGGAGAAGAUGCUAGAGAGGGGAACUUCAGUGUCUGCAUUUAUCUCUUAAGAUUGCUCAUUGUCUAUAAAACAUGCAAAUGAUGUUCUUAAAAUACAAAGUAUGUUCUUGUACAACGCGAGAAGGGGCGUUAACCAACCCUGACGUUAUAAAAGCAAUCUGAAGUAUAUUUUUGGGCGGAGAUCUACAUCUGAUGUUUUGCAGUGUUCAUCUUCCCACGCGUGUGUUCAAUAAUCAUCUGUUUGAUUGCAUCCUCCUGGGCCUCUAUUUUGUUUUGGUUCUCAGUUGGGACACUGUAUAAAAACUAUUAAUGAAGUACUGUAAAAGAAGAGGUAGUUAUUAGCAAAUUCAUGGAUGAGAAACUGAAAAAGCGAUUACUAACUCCCACAGUUAAGUGCCUCAGAUCUACUUAAAAAGGAAAAAGUAACUGAAUUGUCAUCUUAUUUUACAGAUUACGGUAAAUGACAGAGUGAUUUAAUCAGAUUGUUUAGAGAUGCUUAAAUACGUCUGAAUUAAACACAUCCACGUUCCUCUACACUUUAAGAAAUCGAUGUUAACAGAUUUGUUUACACAUUUCCAAAUCUCAUCACAGACACACAGAUCCAAGUGCAGACACAUGGAUGUGAAGACAUGGAUUUGAAAUCACGCAGAUUACACAGUUCAUUUAAAAGACAAAACAUGUCAAUUUAAAAAUAAAUUAAAGAAUUUCAUGUUGUGUUUUUAUUUCUGUUAUUGAAGGGGCUUUGGAGCCAAAAUGGUUUUUGGCACAGACUUUCUACCACAUUCAAAUUGCAAAAGUGAAAGGACGGUAUUUGCUGUACAUCACACAAGUUUAAUUCAGAUAGAUCAGCAGCAGAAACAUCACGUAUUAGGAACAUAAUUUUUAAAAAAAAGACUCGAUGACUUUGUGUUCUUUUCAAGUUAGGGCUCUUUACAUGAGUUACACUCAUUUCUCUUGCAGCAGUUUUAA